AUGUUAUCGCUGUCAUGUGUGCUGCUGCUGCUGCUGCAGUACGUGUACGAGUCGAUCCUCCAGGCUGCCAUCCAGAUGUCGCUGUGCAUGACCUCACAUUUCUGCAUUCUGGUCCUACCAGUGAUGUCACUGCUGCUGCUCUUCUCUCCUAUUGGAUGGAGCUACGAUGGCCUCACCCCAGGGUGUCACCUACACCCCUUCAAUGUGACCAUCCGCAGUGACCGUCGCGGCACAUGUAAAGGCACCCACCUGGUCUACGCCUGCGUGGGCUACUGUGAGUCCAGCGCCUUCCCAUCCAGAUACUCUGUGUUGGUGGCCUCCAACUUCACCCACAACAUCACCUCCGCUUCACGAUGCUGCACCAUCAGCAAGGACGCUAAGGUCAAAGUUCGCCUGGACUGCCCUCGAGGUCGUCACCAUGACGAAAUAGAGAUCCUGACGGCGAAGGCGUGCCGCUGCGACAUGUGCCGCAAGUCCCGCUACUGA